CAAACAAGAUGGCAACGCGGAGGAGGACAUACUCUUCGGGCUCCGACGCCUCCGACCGAUUUAUUUCCAUCAACGAGCGGCCGGUUGACGACAUCUCCCUCGAAUUCUUCUACAAGCCCCAUACUAUCACCCUGUUGAUAUUAAUCGUCUCGGGCUUGAUCUAUUUUGCUUUUACGAGAGAUGAGAAUGAAAGUAUUCAGUCCAACAUCCAGGCCGGCUUGGUGGCCAUUGUGUUCUUCUUCGUCAUUAUCAGUGUCAUGGUCUUCCCCAAUGGGCCCUUCACCCGCCCCCACCCUGCUGUCUGGCGCAUUGUGUUUGGUCUCUCCAUCCUCUACAUGCUGCUUCUCCUCUUCAUUAUAUUCCAGGACUACCGAACUGUACGCAGCAUGUUUGAGUGGCUCUUCCCAGAGCUCAAAAACUUCACCAUCGAUAUGGAUGAGGGUGAGUGGGGGGAGAAAUGUGAUGACCUGAGUUUUUCUCGUCUCUGGACAAGCAUCGACUUCUUUUGUUUCGCUCAUUUUGCUGGCUGGGCCAUGAAGACUCUGCUGGUACGGCACUAUGGCAUCCUGUGGACUAUCUCAGUCAUGUGGGAGAUCACUGAGAUUGCAUUCUCCCACUUGCUGCCCAACUUCAUUGAGUGCUGGUGGGACACAGUCAUCCUGGACAUUCUGCUGUGUAAUGGUUUUGGCAUCUGGUUUGGCAUGCAGGUCUGCCAUCUCAUGGAGAUGAGAUAUUACAACUGGGAGAGCAUCAAAGACAUCCAAACAACAACAGGGAAGCUGAAGCGUGCGGUACUCCAAUUCACCCCUGAGUCUUGGACAGCCAUGCGUUGGCUGGACCCAGCCUGCACCUACAUGCGCUUCCUUGCAGUGUCACAGCUGGUUGUGUUCUGGCAGCUGUCAGAACUAAACACUUUCUUCAUCAAGCACAUCUUUCAAAUGCCGCCCAGCCACCCUCUUGUGUUCAUUAGGAUCUUCCUCCUUGGAUCCAUAUCUGCCCCCACAAUAAGGCAGUACUACAGCUAUGUGACUGACCCACGAUGCAAACGAGUGGGGACACAGUGUUGGGUGUAUGGACUGUGCAUGUGUAUUGAAUCACUGAUAUGCGUCAAGUUUGGUGCUGACAUCUUUCAGCACACACUGAUCCGUAACAUUAUUGCCUGGGUUCUGGUUCAGGCUGCAGUGUCUGUCCUGUGUGUGUACCUCUGUGUGACGUACCACCGAUGGCAUCGCCGCCACCAGAUCACAAACGAUGACUCUAUAGAUGAUGAGACAGAGGUAGAAGAGGCAGAAGCGACAUCUUUCAUCCAGUCUGUGUCACGCAAGACAGUUACUCUCAGCACCCCCGAGGAUGAGGACAGUGAUGACGAGGGGGAGGGUGUGGCCUCCAAGGUGACUCGCCGCCGCAAGACCCACCAGCAGCUCCGACGAGGCAACAGGGGAACGGCUGGCUGUCUCGAGAGAGACCUGCAGCAGACCAAGAGGUGAAUUACACACACACACAACACCCACCUCCAGGAGGACGGCCUUUCAACCUUUUACUCCGUGAAAUCUGUGUGUAUUGCCAGUGAAUCAGUGGGAUAUUUUCCAUGAUCUUAUGUCUGUGUCCUUCCCUUCCCUCUCCUCCACUUUCCUCCUCAAAUCUAUUUCUUUAUCACAACUAAUAUAACGAAAUACAUUUCACCAGAUACACGUCAUCUACGCAUAACACAAGUUUUCUGUAUAUUUAUGAAUACAUCUCAAAAUUAUCAAAUAAUUUAUGUUUCUUUAUGUGCACCAUUUAAUUUUGCAAAUUUUUAUAUAUAGUACAUGAUGAUUAUGUUGAGUUUAUAGCUUAAAACUUGUUAUAUUCAGUUGCAACGUUUCAAAUUUGGCGCGUGCGGCCAGCCCGGAUACGGGGCGGGGCGCUGUUUUCGCCCGGCCGUAGUGAAAGGGUUAAUUGAAAAGAAAACUCAGGAUGAAAAACUUCCACCUCAUCUCCUCUUUCCAAUGAUGUAUUGUUUACUAAAAUCGGUCAUAUAGCAGCGAAAGUUAUUGCAGAAAAACGGAAACUAAGCCCAGUUUCUAAAAAGGAGAGUUAAAGUAGAGUUCGCCCUUUAAAUCUAGAUGCCUUCCCGGUUGGAAUUCAUUACUGAAUUCCAGUUUUUUCUUUGUUUUGAAGGACUUCGUGUGUCUGAUGGUGUCCUUUUCUUGGAAAUCCUGCUUACGAGCUGACGUGCGACACUUAUCUCUGGCUUCUCCGGGGUGACUGAUGUAUGUGUCAGCUCUGCUGCCUUCAAGGCCAUCGCAGAUGCUAGUUUGCCUCAAGACGCCAUGCAAAUAGUCUUUUAGGCUAUUUUCUAUGCUGAAAGAUGAUGAUGUAUGCACCUGUGCAUGAAUAUAGCUUUUUUUUUCAUGUCCCAGCCUUUAGCGCUGGUAGGCUUUCUUGAGGGGCCUGGAUGGUAGUCGGCCCCAGCCCAUCAUGGCACAGGCAAGUGUUUUAUAGUGACGUGAGUGACGAGCGGAAGAGGGGGGGGGAAUUCACCCAUAACUGUCAUUUUUGCUUACUUCAUAAUAUUUUGCCACAAGCUAGCCGAGGCAUGUACGAAGACAUGUGAAUUUUUUCAAUAUUAUUGAUUUUUUUUUUUUUAAAUCCAUGUCUCCUUAACCCUCCCUCUUCCUCUCCCUCCCGACCUUAGCCCAGAACCCACAAUGUUUCCAAGUGGUCCUAAGACAUGUUCACUCAAGUAUUAAUUUUAUUAUUUUAGGAUUGUUGAUACUGGUGAACCUCCACCUCCUCUCCAGCCUGCAAUGAAUUUAUGCUGACAAAAUUACAUUGCAGAAGGCAAUAAUGUUUGCAAGUACAAUCAAUUAUACAUUUAAUAUAACAAAAGUGGUUAUGAUGCUUUAACAGUUUGUAGAGAUGGGCUGUAAGCAUUGCAUCCUCUAUUUGAAAUUUAACAGUUUUCUGAACAGUAACUCAGAAGGCUAUUAGCUGCCAGGUGGAAUGCCUAAUUUUAUCACUUUUCUUACAUAUGUUUUAUGUUAAUUAUAAGAAAACUGAAAAUUAAAUGUGAAGGACCUGACCAGAAAAGCAUUCGUAGGCAGCUUGCAAUGUUUUUUUCUAUAUUAAACAGGUUCAGAGCUAUGGAAUCAUAGCUCAUAGUUUGGGGGUAUUAUUACUUUCUGGGAGACGAGCAGUUUCAAUAAAAGAAAAAAUAAUCUCCCCCUAAUAGAUGGAUUGCCUUAUUUUUUCAAUGACAGACAUAUCCUAUGGCCUAAAUAAAUAGGGGCUAAGGGAACUCAUGCUCCUCAAGUAGUUUCAGAGAAAAAAUCCUGGAUUCUCCUCUUUAGAAUAUUUUUGUUAUAGUUGUCCCCCAAAUUUUAGGCCUUAACGCAACACUCAAAAGUUUUUAGCUUUACUAGAGGCUGCAUUCCUUUUAGUUUGGGAAAGCCUUGGCUGGGAAGAGUGACCAUUUAUCAUAUAGUGUAUUAGUCUCCCUCAAGAGAUGCACCACCUCAGUGACUUGUAAGUCAUCUAGUAACUGUCAUCUGCUAGUCACAUAGAAGUCUAGAAGAGUUUUUACUUAGAUUGAUACUGACAGCCAUGUAAGGGACCUAAGCAUUGUAUUUGUGUUGUGCCUGCAGCACAAUCAUCAAAGUGAAAAUAUUUAAUUAAGUCAUCAUAGUAGUGAAGGGCAGGACUGACAGGUCCUGUCCUGUGCCAAAACUGAUGCAUAAUAGGGGAUAAAAAUGGAAUUGUGCACACAUGCACACAGAUGUAUGUAAGAAAUGAAUAUAUUGGAACAAACACAGAUUUGCAUUCAAACACACACGCAUACACUUAAAGAUGCACACAUAUGUUACAUUACUAGUGAAUGUAUUAGAAUUGUUUUUACUUGUUACAUAUCUAUAAUGUUUAUAUUUUAAGUCAUAGUGCUUGUGGCAAGUUAGCCCUUAUGCAAUCCUGUAGGUCUCUCACACAUGGGCUGAUGAAGCUCAUUAUGUCCUACAAGUCACACCUAUAUACUGACUCCUGACGAUGUUAGACCACUGUUGGGUACAGUGGUGCUCCAAGUUUUGUGACAUCUCAAUUCAUAAACCAGUAUUUUAUUGCAACCCCAAAAUAUUCCACCAUUAGACUUUUGUGUCAAAAUAGAUUCAAAGAAUAAUAAUAAUCAUGUAGCUUACCAAACGCCAAAUUGUCACUUUUAUACUGUCUUGUGAGAGGUCAGAACAUUCUCCAUACCCUGUUGCUGCCAUUGAAAUAACUGCACUUCUCAAUUCACACUGACUUGUCAUGUUUGCCUUUAACCUUUCCAAUAUUUUUGGAGCUCCUGACUUCAUAUUCCCAAGAUUUUUGGAAGACUUUCAACAGCAGGAAAUUAGAGCCAGUGCAUAAGAUGCAAGGAUUCUUUUUAUCAGUCAAUACCAUCUUCCCUGUCAACACAACUUUCAUGAUCGGCAAGCAUUGUUUAAUAUCGUUGCACCACAGUUCUGGGUUCCAUUGAAACUUUUGUUGUGAUUUUACAUUAGUUCUAGGAGUAAGUCUGUCUUUCUUAACUUGCUAUGUUAGUUACACAAGGAAACUAAAGAGUGAAAUUACUGAACAAAUGAAUGAGGAGCAAGGAGUCCCAACUAUCACAUAUUCCGGUUUUGCUCACUUUUUGGUGGGAACAUAUUAAGCAUGAAACUUGGAGCGUCACUGUAUUCAGGUUUACUAAAUCUGGAUAAUGUUUGCCUCAUGAUGCUGACAUAAGAUAUAUUUGUAUGUAUAGUAUGCAGCUAUGUUUUACACAUCUGGCCUUCUAACCAUUCUUAACUGAAACAAAAAGAUAAUCAGUUUUUGGUAGUAUCAGUUGAAGUGAAAAACUCAUUAGAAAUGGAGAUUAUGAAGAAAAUACUGAGCUAUUGCCACAGAGUAGUCUUAUUUAAUUAAACUACUUAAGAUACUGUCACUUGAAACAAAAAAAUGGCAUGGCAACAAAUAGGAAAGCUUAUGAUGCCCAUUCUAGAGAGGUGGUAGAGCUCAUAUGAUGAAAAGGAUUGGUGGGUAAGAAAUAAAGCAUAAAAGAGUCCUGUUAGCGUACUCUAAAUAUUUAAGAAACCAAAGAAAUAAAAAUUUAGCUGCAAUCUCAUUAUAAAUAUUAAAAGAGGAUGUUAACCUUGAUUAUUAACAAGUUAAUUCUGGAAGUGACAAAUACUUAAAAAGCUGAAAACAGACCUUUUAAGUUGGCAAUGGACUGUUGAAAUGCUUAUAGGGGCAGAUGAUGACAUAUAUAUCAUGAAUGAUAAUGAUUAAUCAGAUAAUGAUUGAUAAAAUUUGGUAUUUUAAGGCACAGAUUCUGUUGGACUACUUAAUUUAGCAUGUACCAAACACUCUUUCUGCUGCUGUUUUAUGGAUGUUAAAGUAAUUGGUAUUUGCCAUUUAAAGGCUAAUUGCCUACUUAUAUCGAUUAACACUUACCAGAUAUGAUGAAUGAUUUGUGUCAGUUUAUGAUCACUUUAUACAUACCCAAUUCUUAUCUUGUGUCUUCUUCCUCAUUCUCAAAAAAAAAGUUUAGUCUGUAUGACAAAGUUGUGACUUUUUUGUCAUAACUGCAUAACUUAACAGCAGAGCGUUGUGCCACAACCUGCUGAAUGUUUCCCAAAUGUGCCAAUUGUAUAAUUUGUGUAAAAGCAACCUGGGUGUGAAGAACAUGUUUUUAGUUAACUGGUCAGUCUUCUAGAGCACAUGUUAAACAUGCUGCUCUUGAAACCAGAAAUAUUGGCAUGAUCUUUCUUGUAUGCAGGUGUGUAGGGAAUUGUGCAUUUCAUUGAAUGAACAGUUUGUACAUUUAAUUUUAGCUGAGUUAGACAAUCGUCUUGAGAGUAAGUGAAAUGUGUGCCUCACAGAUAAUAGGUAGCAGUGCGAUGACUUAGUCAUAGAUGUAGUCUGUCUGAUACACACGUACACAUUGGUGAUUUUCAUUACAUAGGCUUUGUGUAGUUUACUUAUCUAGUACAUACUGGUUUUAGAACUAGGUCUUGUCAUAGUAAUGAAUCUUUCAAGAUAUUUGAGAUUACAAACCUCACCAAAAGUUUGUAAAAGUGUCUUACCUCACUAGGAAAAUUGAUCAAGUUUAGGGAGUGUCUCAUCUGACUAACAGCAGUUCAUAUUUAGUAUUGACCUUUGUAACAAAAAAGAGGUUGAUGAUAAUGCUCAAUUAUAACUAGUUUGGAUAUCAUUUAGAAAUGCCAGAGAAUAAAAAUCCCAAUAUGGGAAAGUCAUUAAGAAAUUAAUUCUCAUUACAAGAAAAACACACUUGUCACGUCAUGAGGAACCAUGAUCUGAAUUGUAGGAUUGUAACACUUUUGUAUGUCAUAUGAACCUCUCCCUUUACUUUUUAGUCAUGAUCACUCGUUAAGAUAAGAUCAUUGUAUUAGAUUGUCUCAACAUUUUCGUAAUAGCCCAAGUAUUAGCAAUACAUUGUUGUAACUCACUCAGAAAAUGCUGGAGGUAAACAGAGUCUGAGCUCAAUGGGAUCACAUCAUGCCACAAACAUUUUAAUGGUUCAUACUUUUUUGGCUGAGAGAACCAUUCCUAAGGCACAUACUUAGCGGAGCUUUAACCCAAGGAGUCACUUUAUUCUUGACCAUUUAUCAUAGUCUCAUGUACUUAAAGUCAUAUUUAUCAUAACCAACAUUAUGCAAUCUUUCACUCUGUAUACAUAGAUGAAUAUAAAUGUGUAUAGUAAAGACUGUUACAUACCAUGGUAGUGAACAUUGUACAUAUAUAUAUAUACAUUUUGUUGUUAUCAUGAUUAAUAGUGACUUUUCAAAUACAGUAAAUCCUCACUUCUUAUAAAUUGUGACUUUAAGCAGAACAAUGUAUAAUGAAGCCAGUUUUACCAUGGUCUAAUUGAUGUAAACAGGAGUUAUAUUCCUCCGGCAUAUUUCUGAUUAUUGAUUUCUCCAAACUUUUAGAUAUAGACCCCAAACACUUAUGAUUUGAAACAAUUAAAUACACCAUCAUACUUACCAAUACACACACACACACACACACUCAUGGAACGGACUUGACAAGGAGACCGUGUGUGCAAAAACGAUUCAUGAAUUUAAAGCCAAACUGGAUAAUAAGCGUUAUGGAGACGGGACAGUACGAGCCUAGUACGGCUCUUUUCCUGUAUUUCACAACUAGGUAAAUGCACACACACACACACGCACACACACACAUACGGCCCGGUAGCUCAGUGGAUAGAGCGUCUGCCUCACAACCAGAAGGACCAUGGUUCGAUUCCCUGGCCGGGUGAAGUAUAAGUUGGGUUUAUCUUCUUCCACGUGUAGCCCCUGUUCACCUAGCAGUGAGUAGGUACGCGACGUCAGGCAAGGAGUUGUGACCUUGUUGUCGCGGUGUGUUGUGUGUGAGUGGUCUCAGUCCUCCCCAAAGAUCGGUAGAAUGAGCUCUGUGCUCUUCUGUCGGGGAAUGGCUGGCUGUCUCGAGAGAGACCUGCAGCAGACCAAGAGGUGAAUUACACACACACACACACACACACACACACACACACACAUACCACCUCACUCUCACUUCCACCCUCACAUUACCACUGAGGCACCACAGCCAGAGCCAGCACCUCCCACCCUGCCUCUCCCUCUCUUUAUGUAGUUGUAUGGAAAUUGUAUAUAUUCACCAUAGUGGCUGCCAACACCGACUGUGACUUGGAGACACGUGAGUGUAGGUCAUUUCAUGUCUAAUCACAAUUAGGUAAAUGCAUUCACACACAUGAGUGUAGGACACUUCCUGUAUAAUCACAAUUAGGUAAACACACACAUACACACACACACACACACACAUGUAUGUACAUACACAAAAGCACACAACAGCAAACCCAGCAGGCUCACAGAACACUUCCGUACCACAUUCUUCAUUGUUGUACAUUAUUAUGAUUAUUGUGCACUGCAAUUUUUUAUUUUACAAUAAAUUGUAUUGUUUUCUCAUCAACAUCAUAAAGAAACAAAUUAAAGUGAGGACUUACUGUACAGGUAAACCACUGAUUUACUGGCUCCAUUGAUUCCAAAGCUUUAAUUCAUCAACAGGCUGUGCCCACCACCAGUACACCUGGAAUCACUUUCUGCAUAUAAUUUUGAAAAAAUUCCAUUUGCUUCUUUAUAUCAUGAACAUUGAUGAAUCAGUACCAUUCUUGUCACACAAUGUAUACGCUGAAACACCACGGUCCAAUUUUUGCAGCAAUUCAUUAUUUUCUCAGACCAGUGUGGACUCUCUUAGAAGCCAAAGUUAGAGAUAAAUGUGGGAAAUAAGUAAAGAAGCUCACAGAAUUGAAGGACCACUACCAAACUGGGAUGUCUAAACAAUCCAAGUGAGUUUGUGCUACACACACUGUUAUUUUUGGCCACUUAGUUAACUAGUUUGGCAAUCAGGAUCAUUCCAAGUUUCCUCUCAUGAUUUUGUUCAGACUAAAGGAGGAACUGUGCCAUCAGUUGCCAGUGAGUCAGUGGUAUACCUGUAAUAUGUUUAAUGUUUGUUAAAGGAAAAAUCUAAAGCUUUCAAUAUGUAUUAAUGACUCCCAUUGUGUUCUGUGUUUUCUUACAGCUUGAAAAUUACUGCAUACCUCAUUAAAUGAACAUAAUCAUGGAAAUACUAAGUAAAAAUAUCCUGGCUCUAUAUGCACACAUACAUAUGUGCUAUCACACAUAUUUCCUAUUAAAGUGGGGUUCAUGGAAAUCCAUAAGGUAACAUUCAACCACUCCAGAAAGGACAGUCAAUGAAAAUACUAUAGUCAUCCAACUUACUAGCACCCUUGAUUCCUUAAGCACUUGUUCUGUUGUAAGUAACAUUUUUUCCUUUAUAAUAGUGCAUCAGAUGGUGAAAAGUUGUAAGAGGUUUGGGGCAUGCAUGACAGUGACUGCAUGGGUGAAUUCUGAGUUGCAUAUCUGUGUUAAAAGUCAAGUCAGUUUCUGAUGCCUUAUUCUUCAAAGGAUGAUUGUGUGAGGAAAGUUUCUAAAGACUCCUUUUCCAAGAUAGAUUUCUUUGUCCUUUUGAGCACAUUUUUAAUGAAUGCUUGAAUUAGUUGUCUCAUGUAAUCUUUGUAUUAAUAUUAUUUACUUUUGUCAAAGCACAGAGUAAUUGGAUUAAUUUGACACAGCUGACAGAACAUGGAGUUACUGGUCAUUGAGAUGAUAUCUUACUUCUAUAAAGAAAUAGGCUACUAUUACCACUAGAUUUGUCAUGGCUUUCAUGAAUUCAGAGAAAAUAUUCAGCAACAGUUAAUAGGAAAUUGAUAGGUUUAUAGAGUAUUUGGCAUACAUGUGUGGAGGGUUGAAUGUGAGAGCAGUGAAGUGAUUCUUUAGUGUGUGUGUGUGUGUGUGUGUGUGUGUGUGUGUGUGUGUGUGUAUAUAUAUAUAUAUAUAUAUAUAUAUAUAUAUAUAUAUAUAUAUAUAUAUAUAUAUAUAUAUAUAUAUAUAUAUAUAUAUAUAUAUAUAUAUAUAUAUUGUUAAUUUCAGUCCCAGGUUAAUCUUCAUAGUGUUAAGUGUAUUUGUGUAUGUGUGGAGGGAGGGGGGGUGAUGGGAGGUGUAUGGAUACAGUUCUACAUUUUAUGUUUUGUAUUUGUAUACUUGUUAUUUUUUGAGUGGUAUUGUAUCAUAUGGAUUUCCAAGUAUUCAGUGAUGCUGUAGAAUUUUGGCUGCAAAGUAACAAGUAUUAGUAAAGUUGUGGACAAAAUGUUUCCACUUGCAUUGCCCUGAUUCACAAACUUUGAAAAAUGAGAAGUGACUAGGUCAGGGGUUCCCAAUGGUGGGUCGUAGCCCCUUAGGGUUCAAGGAGGAUUGGUUGGGGGUUGCAAAGCCUUGCUAGAAAUGGCUUGGGAGAACGAUUAUUAUUGUAUAGCAUUUUGAGAUUGUUUUCUAUGCCUUUAUUAUGCUGGUUCUAUACUUGUAUGCUUCAGCUGGUGAGUUUUGGGAGGGAACGUCAGGGUAUCUUUUGGGGUGUGUCAGGCCUGUGUAUGGGUGAAAAUGAGUGUGUUGUAAAAUGUGUAAAACAAACUGCUGAUAUCAGGAGGCUGCGUGAGUUUCAAGAUUUUAGGAAAAGGGUUGCAAGUGCAAGAAUGUUGGGAACCACUGGCCUAGAUGGACCUGCAUAUAAUAUAUCAGGAAGUUUUAAAAGGUUUGAGAUUCAGUUGUGCUUCUAUCAUCAUCAUUGGUUUUAUCUACUAAUAAACUCCAUGAUGCACCACUACCUUCUUGUGGAAGUUUGUAUUUUCCUAAGGGGACUGGCCAGCACAACAAUUGUAUGAGUCCUGAUCUUAUGGCCAUGCAUUUGAGCCUGAUCAGGAUGUGUUUAGGCAGGAAUGGUAUCACUCCUCUGUAAUGCCUUCAAAGUUUCCAUCUGGCCAAAAAGCUCAAGUCAUGCAUAUUAUAUCUUUUUGGACUGGAUGGAAAGCAGUCAUAUAUUACUGUUGGAGUGUAAAUCAGUAUUGUAGCUGACACCGAUGUAUUGAUUUUGUACACAACUUUCCCAGUCUUACAGGAAUACCUAAAUCCCACUGGUUAAAGUAGGCUGUGAACUUCACUGUGUUCUCAUGUAACUAUUCCUGACACUCUUCAUAAAUGGAUUUCUCAACAGGUGGAUUGAAUUUGGUUGUGGAAUCAUAAGGAAUAUUAAUGAAGAGAAUAUUGAUACAUCUGCUAGGCAUUUAAUCUUUGUACCUGGAAUAUCUUCAAAGUUAAGAUUCUCAAUAAUUACACACAAACCUGUAUUUCUAUUGAUAUUUAAUGGGAUUACUUUGGAAAUAGAGGCAGACAAGUAUUGACAAGGUAUCCAUUGCAGUAGUUCAGUGCCGAUGUCUUUCCUCGUCCUCCGUGAGACUGAGCUUCCUCCUCCAGGUCAGCUUUUGUGCUCCUGUGCCGGAUGUUGGUGUUACUGUGCUGCACCAGCUGUUUCUCCAUUCUUCCUCAGCUUUGAAUUAUGCCAUCUCAGUGUGUAAAUAACAUUAGUUUUUAUUUAGUAGUGUUAAUUUAUAUGUUAUAAUGCAAUGAGCUUUUAUGUAAUUUUGUAUGUAUGUAUAUCAAGAAGUAAAUUAUAUUUAUUUUUUUUAUGUACUCUUCAUAGGUCUUAAAGCAGACAAGUGUGGUAAGACCUCUCUCUACCUAAGAUCUUCAUGUAUUACGAGCCAAAUUUUGAUGUCAAGUACUAAAAAGAGUUACAAAUUA